UGCUCCAGAUGCUCUAAACAUUUCAUUUUCAACCUGGAGGGAGAAAGACAGAUGCCAAGGGGAUCUUCAGGCGCCCACGAUUCUCCCCGCGCCACCAUGUACAGAAGCAGCUACCUGCGCGAAGUGCGCAAAGAGAAGUACGAACGUUCGGACGCUUACGAAGAGCUGCCCGAAUCGCCGGAGUUCAGCAGUCUCGCUCAAGCUCAAGGCCUGGAAAACCUCCAGGAGCUCAACGAACGGUUCUCCAACUACAUCAACCGGGCCCGGGUCCUCGAGCAACGCAAUGCCAUCUUCCGUAAGCAGCUGGAGACCUUCCAGCGCAUGGAAGAGCUGGCUGGAUUGGAAGAGGCUUUUGCGGCCCAGGUCGAACUCAACAGCCAACGCGUUCGCGAACUGGCGGCGGACAGAUUGAAGCUGGAACGCGAGGAGAAAGACUCACAGCGCAUGCUGGAUGAAUUCCAUAACAAGUAUAGAAAUGAAUGCGAGUAUCAGCAGAUGCUGAAAACAACCCUGGAACGCCUUAACAAGGAAGCCGACGAAGCUCUGUUAUGUAAUUUGGAACUGCAGAUUGAAUCCCAGUUCUUGCAGGAUGGCGUGAACGCCACCAGGGACAGAUACAAAAAGAAUCUCAUGGAAGUACAAACCUAUGUCAGCAUUUUACAACAGAUUGUACAAACGUCACCCCGGAUCUCCACUCUCACAACUGGAGCCAGUGAGGAGAAGCUGAUAACGGAGAGGAGAAUUCCGAUCCUGCAAAGCCAGUUAGAGGAGUACAAGACGAUCCUUGGCCAGCUCCAAGCUCAGAAAGCAAAGCUGCAGUCUGAGACCACAGUGCUGGAACAGGCCAUCAAGAACACCCAAGAGAGCUACGAGGACGAGAUUCAGUUGUACAACGAGCAGAUCGAAACCCUGAGGAAGAGCAUCGAAGAUGCCGAAAGGACCUUGGAAAAAUACACCAACGACUGCCGCCAACUUUCGAUCUACCAGCAGUCCCUGGAGAACGAACUCCAGCGCUACAAACGUAUUAUUGAAAACGAGGACAGCAGGCUGAAUUCUGCAAUUGUUGGAACUCCAGUGACACUCUUUACACAGAGUUACAGAGCCCCACAGACUCCAACUCUGAGAGGGAGAGACAUUACCUUGGUCAUGCAAGACAUUGCUAGUGCAAAGCCGAGACAGAGAAGUCUUCCAAAGAAGACUUUACGGAGGAAGGAGAUCACAACUAGAGACCUCACCCAUGGUCCCUCAUCCGAAAGAACGUACGACCAAAGUCUGGAAGGCUUUGAUACCGAUCAGCUAGAUCUCACGCGUGAAGGUUUGAGUGUGGAAAGUGAAGAGUGGAAGGAAGGAGGAGGAGAAGGAACCGAGCAAGAAAGGACUGCAGAAGACGUCCCCGACGGAGCCCAGAUAAGCAAAGCGUUCGAUAAACUGUGCAAUAUAGUGAGAGAGAGAAUCAGAUACUACCAGAGACCAGAAUCGAAAGCUGACCUCUAUACUAAAAAGCGUUAUGUGCUGGUCUCGGGGGAAGGAAGUUAUGAGGACCCCUGUUUCCACUCUUCAACGCUUCCUUCAGGCGGUGCGAUCAGCGUUUCUGAAGAAAAGGCACCAAGCGGAGUCGAACCCAUCCCAGAGCUACCCGAACCCCGGGAAAGUGACCGAGGCGAAUCGGAAGCCCAUGAAACACAGGAGGGGUCCAAGAUGCAGGAAGAGAUGAGAUAUAAAUACGAACCAGAAGACCGAGAGAAAGAAGGUGAAGCCGAACGGCAGAAAGAACCUGGAGAAAAAGAGGGAGAGCCCACAAAAGAGGCCGGCGUGGUGGAAAUGAAGCCAGCCUCCAUGCCAGGCCUACCUGGUCAAACCGAAACAGGAAUAUGUGUAGACAAAGAACAUGCCAGAGCUGGCGGCCCUUCGUUCAAGGAACUGAGUCCUCCAGGUUCCAUGAGUUACGAGAAGGUUGAAGUCGUGGAAUCCAUUGAGAAGUUCUCAGAUGACAAAAUCCAGACGUAUGAAGAAACCGCGAUGAUCGUGGAGACCAUGAUUGAGAAGACCAGUAAGAAGAAGACAGGAGACAAGAGCUGUUGAUGUGCACCUUUGGAGUGAUGUGUUUUUUUUUUCUUAGCACAGUCAUUAAAGUUGUGGUUCUCAAG